UAGAAAAACCGCUGCUUGCUGUUCAGAUUAUUCAGGGGUCUGCUAGUUUUUCCUCCCGUUAAUUAUCAGUUAACUAGGCACUUCCUUAGUCAAUCUAUCCGCCAUCCACACGGCAAUUUUAGCAUUCUCGUUCCAAGGCCAGUGCGAGGAUACACGGCGCAGCCGGGUCAAGACCGGCGGGAAGAGCUCCCCUCCAGGUACAGACGUUAUUAACGGUCAUGCGAGCAAGGAGGCUCAGUUCGAAGCAGUUGAGGCCUCAGAAGAACUAGAUGAGGUAGAACAACGCUAUCUAGAACCGGUGACGACUCCAACUGCACCCCAAGACGGGCUGGGCUGCCUAUGCUGUCCUUCCAUCCCGCUUGAUCUAGUGCUUGUCCCACGCCGCCUUCUCCAUCUCCAACCUUCUACGGAUUAUCAUCGUACAUAUCUCCGGCCUACGCCCACGCCCGUUUCCAGACAGCUUCGCUUCUCCUGCCGUUCUCUUGCUGAAUAGCCAUCAAAUCCUCCCAGGAGCCCUGUUUUCACACCCCACUUGCAAGUUCACCUUACCCUGGCCGAAGUGUCGAUACUCCUCCGCACAAGCCGAGAAAAAACGAAAGAAAAAAAAAUUAAAAAAAAGUAAAAAUAUAAAAAAAGCAAGACAAAACAACAAGAGAUCAUUCAAAUUCGCGCUCUCUCAAUUUACCCCCUAUCCACACUUCCAUAUUCUUGUCGACCGUUUGAGGCACAGCUGCCCGUCGUCAUGGCAGGAAUCUUCAGAACCAUCUAUGACUGGCUCUUGAGGAUGUUCUGGUAAGUGGGCCGCUCUCCCGAAAUAACCUCCUCGGCCCGUCCCCACUGAAAGAAGCUUUGGCCGUCGAGGAGGAAGAAUACUCAUUGUAUGAAAAUGCAGGGCAACCGAGAUGGACGUCACGAUGGUCGGUCUGCAGAACGCAGGAAAAUCAUCGCUACUGCGUGUUCUUGCGGGAGGAGAGUUCACGAUAGAUUCUAUUCCCACUAUCGGCUUCAAUACGAAGCGAGUCCAAAAGGGCCAUGUUACUUUGAAAUGCUGGGAUCUAGGUGGACAGCCACGCUUUCGGCCGAUGUGGGAGCGAUACUGUCGGGGGGUUAACGCGAUCGUUUAUAUCGUUGAUGCAGCAGACAAGAAUGCCCUGCCCGUUGCAACAGAAGAGCUACACGAGCUGAUGAGCAAGCCGAAUCUUGAUGGCAUUCCGCUCUUGGUUCUGGGUAACAAGUCAGAUCUUCCAAAUAAGCUUUCUGUCGACGAGCUUAUCAACGCAAUGGAUCUGAAAUCAAUAACCCGCCGCGAGGUUAGCUGCUACGGAAUCAGUGCAAAGGAGGAAACAAAUCUCGACGCUGUUUUGCAUUGGUUAAUUGCACGGGCCAGCCGGUGA